AUGGCCCCGCUACUUUCUGUCGGUCAGACACUCCGGGGCCGCAUAUCGACGUACUCCAUUGUUCAAGAGCUUCAUCGCGCAACAGAUCAAGGGGCUGUGUAUCUAGGAGCGUAUAUAUGCUUUUACUUCUUCACACCGACAGUCCAAGAACGUGCUAAUGUGUUGAGCAUUGAACAAACGAUAAUGGAUCAAAAUGCAUCGUCAAGAGCAUUCGGGGCCACUGACGUCUUGAAAACGAGGCCUCUGGCUAUGAGUCCCUUGUUUCGCCCACUCGAGGAUGGGAUUUUGGACCCAGUCGAUCCGCCAUCCAUCGUCUUGAAGUAUCUUGACAGCGACCUCCGGGCCGAGUCACAUCACCAAAGACUGUCCCGGCCUGACAUUAAGAAGGUGGCCAAGUCGGUACUGGAAGCUCCGCGCAUUCUACACCAGGACGGCUUGGUCCAUACUGAUAUCAAACUGGACAACAUAUUUGUGAACCUUGGCCAGAAGAACGGCAACUCUGAGCGGUUCACAGCCAUCCAGCUUGGGGACUGCGACGGCGCAGUCUCCAAGGAAUCCAAGUUUGCCUCAGAGCCGGGUCACCUCAUUGGCGCGAGUUUCACCGGCAGCCCAGAAGUGCAGCUUGGCCUUCCAUGGGGAACCAUAACGGACAUUUGGUCCUUUGGAAACGCCGGCUACAAACCCGAGGAUGAGCUCUAUGAGCUGGUGGUACUGUCCCGCAUGCACCGCUACUUCGGUCCUUUCCCGAAGCCCUUCCAGGAGAUCGCCGACGACAAUGCCGCGGGCAUCGUCGACUUCAUCCACAGCAUGGGACCCCCGACGAAGCCCUUUGCUCGGGUGACGCGCUGGGAGAUACCGCCCGCCGACCGGGACUUCAUCCUCAAGAUCAUGAAGCUGGACUACCGCAAUCGUCCCACCACGGAACAACUCCUGGAAGACGAGUGGUUCGGCGAGAGCUCCGAAGAUACUCGGGAGCCGCUGUCUUCUGUAUAA